AUGAAUUUUUUUAUUAAAAAAGAAAAACAGUCCAAACACCUUAGUCUGUUAACAUCUAUCUAUCUAUCUAUCUAUCUAUCUAUCUAUCUAUCUAUCUAUCUAUCUAUCUAUCUAUCUAUCUCGAGAAAGAGAAAUACAUUUUUCUCUCUCUCUCUCCCAGACACUUUUUUUUCAUGGCUUCUAUUAAUUUCUGUCUAUCCUAAUUUGUAUCUAUCUAUCUAUCUAUCUAUCUAUCUAUCUAUCUAUCUAUUCAAGGCCCUCAUCUAUCUAUCUAUCUAUCUAUCUAUCUAUCUAUCUAUCUAUCUAUCUAUCUAUGACUUUAUAUUUCGGCCGUUUCUCGAUGCUUUUACGGUUAAGGAAGGAAUCGAAAAAGUUAAUGUCAACAGUGAAGCAACUGUGCUGGUCUCACGGAAAGGAGCAACGCAAUUUAACCAAAGAAGAAAAGCCAACACUGAAUCUUACCCAAGACCAGGAGUUGGGCCUCCUUCUGUCUUCGUUCGCGUUCUUCGUCCAGUUGAUGAUCAAUACUGCGGCUUCUAG